AUGCGGUCAACACCAGCCUUCCUCUUGGGGAUCGCGCUGGCCUUCCAGGCCAUCCCUACAACCGCAUGGGAGGACUUCUCCGACGCAAACCUCUUCUCGCGAUCCGUAUCCGUCUUCGAUAAUCGACCCGAUGAUUGCCCUCCAUGUUUCAACUGUCAAUUAGACUCUUACAACUGCACCCAUUCCGCUCCCUGCAACAAAUACAACGGCAAAUGCUCCUGUCCCGCUGGAUUCGGAGGUGAUGACUGCUCCGUGCCUACCUGUGGUUCACUCGCUGACGGUGUGAAUCGGCCGCCGCGAACUGGUGAUACAUGUGACUGCAAGGAUGGCUGGGGUGGCAUCAACUGCAACGUCUGUCUUCAGGAUAGUGCUUGCAAUGCCAUGAUGCCCGAAGGCCAGGACGGAGUGUGCUACAAGUCAGGCGUUACCGUCAAGCAAAACUUCCAAAUGUGCGAUGUCACAAACCGCAAGAUCUUGGAUCAACUGGGUAGCCAGAAGCCACAGGUGACCUUCUCUUGCGAUGCUUCGGAUCAUACCUGCAAUUUUCAAUUCUGGGUAGACCAAAAGGAGUCCUUCUAUUGUGGUUUAGACACCUGCGAUUCCAGCUUGGAGACGAAUUACGAUACCAAUACCACCAGCUACAAGUGCGAAAAUGUGCAGUGCAAGUGUGUCCCGGGCCGGUUUCUUUGCGGCCAGGACGGAUCCAUCGAUCUCGGUGAUUUCCUCGACCAGGUCAUCAAAGGCCCAGCCACUUUCCAAACUAUAUUUGAUUCGCAGGGAAGCAAAAGUGUCUUCUCGGAACCGCAGAUGAACGGUCUUAUCAGUGCAGUCUUCGGCGACCCGACUAUCUCUUUAUCCUGCAAUGCUGGAGAGUGUCUUUACAAGACUGAUCUUCCAGGCUAUCAACGUCCUAUUAAGAAGAUCAAUACCCCUCUGAUUGCCAGCGUAAUCGCUGGUUGUGCACUUUUUGUUGUCGCCGUCAUCUUAAUUGUAUGGUACAUGUCCCGCCGGGCUGCAAAUCUUGGCUACCUGCGCCUGUCCCUAUCGGACGACUCGGACGAUGACACGGCAAGACUGCUUGCAGAACAACGCCCCGCGGCUCUUUACUGGGAUAAUGUCUCAUAUUGUCUGAAUGGCAGGGAGAUCCUUUCCGGUAUCCAAGGUGCCUCGGCCCCCGGACAGAUUACAGCAAUCAUGGGCGCGUCUGGUGCUGGAAAGACCACAUUCCUUGACAUUCUAGCCCGCAAGAACAAGCGUGGUGCAGUUCAAGGUAACUUCUUUGUUAACGGAGAGAAGAUUAGUGACCAUGAUUUCAAGAGCAUGGUUGGAUUCGUUGAUCAGGAGGACACUAUGUUGCCUACCUUGACUGUGCACGAAACCAUCCAGACCAGUGCACUUCUGAGACUUCCUCGUGAUAUGAGCAGGGCGGCUAAAGAGCAGAGAGUUUUAGAGGUCGAGAAGCAACUGGGAAUCUACCACAUUAAGGACCAGUUGAUUGGGUCGGAAGAAGGAAGCGGGCGCGGCAUUUCUGGCGGCGAGAAACGCCGAGUUGGCAUCGCCUGUGAACUGGUCACCAGCCCAAGUAUCCUCUUCUUGGACGAGCCCACUAGUGGACUGGAUGCCUACAACGCCUUCAACGUCGUUGAGUGCUUGGUGACAUUGGCCAAGACGUACAACCGUACCGUCAUUUUCACCAUUCAUCAGCCGCGCUCAAACAUUGUUGCCUUGUUUGACCGACUUAUCUUGCUUGCAAGUGGUCGUACCGUUUAUUCCGGUCCGUUCUCGACAUGCCAGCAAUAUUUCGACCAAAUUGGAUAUACCUGCCCCCCGGGCUUCAAUAUUGCGGACUAUCUUGUCGACUUAACUAUGCAUGCCGGUUCUUCACGCUCUUACACGGAUGAAGUUGGUUCGUCUGUGGAUGGACGGCCCCCCAAGACUGCCUCGAGUAGCCUGAGAGCCAUUAAAUCCGUUGCCAGCGUGUCCAACGUGAGCAUUGAGGAAAAUUCCAGCAUCAACACCGAGGCAGGUCGACGACCGAAGCAUAGCCGUCGAGUUUCCCUGAAGCAACAGCAAGAUCGCCAGCUUUACUCGCGACGCAAGGAUCACAAGGACCUUGAGCCUCCGACUACACCUAAGACUGAUGAAGAAGAACCCAUACUCGACGUGGCUGAGAAUACUCAACAGUGGCUCCGUCUUUCUCGCCAACCGGCCAGCGUUCCCCCGCAGAUUCUUCUUGACGAUCCAGACCAGCUACCACCCCCAGCCCCUGGUCAGAGUGAUCUUGAUAUUCUGGUUGCUAGCUACGUGGAUUCGGACGUUUUCCACUCGGUCCACGAUGAAAUUGUCACAGCCGUUCAAUCUGCGGAGGCUGCCAAUGGUUCGCAGAAUUCUCAUCUUCAGGGCACGGCUCCGCCCAAGAGCUUGGCCCGUAUCAGCCUGGGGCGACAGUUCCUCAUUUUGUCGCAGCGCACAUGGCGCAACCUUUAUCGCAACCCGAUGCUGAUGUUGACCCACUAUGCAAUCUCCAUUCUUCUCGCUGUACUUUCUGGCUUCCUCUUCUACGGUCUGACCGACGAUAUUAAAGGUUUCCAAAACCGUCUCGGUCUGUUCUUUUUCAUUCUCGCUCUCUUUGGAUUCAGCACUUUGACGAGUCUCACUGUAUUUUCAACUGAGCGGUUGUUGUUCGUUCGGGAGCGAGCAAAUGGUUACUACCAUCCAGUCACUUACUUUGCCUCCAAGGUUGUUUUUGAUAUUGUGCCCCUGCGGCUCCUCCCGCCUAUUAUAAUGGGUAUCAUUGUCUACCCAAUGACCGGGCUGAUUCCCGCUUGGCCCGAAUUCCUUCGGUUCAUGCUGGUGUUGGUUCUGUUCAACCUUGCAGCCGCCAACAUUUGCUUGUUCAUUGGCAUUGUUUUCCGCGAUGGUGGUGUUGCCAACCUGAUUGGUAGUCUAGUGAUGCUCUUCAGUUUGUUGUUCGCCGGUCUCCUCUUGAAUCACGACGCCAUUCCGUCAUCGGCUCUGUGGCUGCAAAGUCUCUCGAUUUUCCACUAUGGAUUCGAGGCCCUCAUUGUGAACGAGGUCACCUUCCUCACUUUGAUCGACCAUAAAUACGGCUUGGACAUCGAAGUCCCCGGUGCUUCCAUCCUAAGCGCCUUUGGUUUCAACACUCUUGCCUAUUGGCACGACGUUAUUGGACUGGCUGCCAUUUCUGGGGCUUUUAUUGUUAUCGCAUAUGCAGCGAUGCAUUUCCUGCUUGUUGAGAAACGUUAG